GUUGUGGUGUCGUGAGCUUUACGGCUUCUGCUGCUUCUGCUGCAUCGACCUUGUCUAGCAAAGGAUGGCAGGGAAGGCGUGGAGGUCAGCGAUUCUUAAUCUCCUAAGAAAGUGGGGCGUAACGCUCCAUCGCGAGGAUAAAAUCAAGGCACAGGAAGUGUCAUGGGCGGUUGGAGCUUUGAAGAAAGAGCCUCCACAACCCAGGAUGUUCACCAGUGGGAUUAAAACUGUAACAUUAAUCCCUGGUGAUGGAAUUGGUCCUGAGAUCUCCUCUGCUGUCAUGAAGAUAUUUGAAGCAGCCAAGGCCCCCAUUCAGUGGGAGGAAAGAAAUGUUACAGCCAUCCAAGGACCUGGUGGAAAGUGGAUGAUCCCUCCUGAUGCUAAAGAAUCAAUGGACAGGAACAAAAUUGGCCUUAAAGGACCUUUAAAGACCCCAAUAGCAGCUGGCCAUCCCUCUAUGAACCUGCUGCUGAGAAAAACCUUUGACCUCUAUGCCAAUGUGCGCCCCUGUGUGUCUAUCGAGGGCUACCAGACCCCCUACACUGAUGUGAACUUGGUUACCAUCAGGGAGAACACUGAGGGAGAAUAUAGUGGGAUUGAACAUGUGAUUGUCGAUGGAGUAGUUCAGAGUAUUAAGCUUAUCACAGAGCAAGCCAGCGAACGCAUUGCAGAAUAUGCUUUUGAAUAUGCAAGAAAUAAUCAAAGAGCCAGUGUUACUGCUGUUCACAAGGCCAAUAUCAUGCGCAUGUCAGAUGGGCUCUUCCUACGAAAAUGCAGAGAGGCUGCUGAAAAGCACAAAGAAGUGAAAUUCACAGAGAUGUACUUGGAUACUGUGUGUCUUAAUAUGGUACAGGAUCCCACACAGUUUGAUGUGUUAGUGAUGCCAAAUCUGUACGGAGACAUUUUGAGUGAUCUUUGUGCUGGACUAAUUGGAGGUCUUGGAGUGACACCUAGUGGAAACAUUGGUGCCAAUGGUGUUGCCAUAUUUGAGUCGGUUCAUGGAACUGCUCCAGAUAUUGCAGGGAAAGACAUGGCCAACCCCACCGCCUUGCUGCUCAGUGCCGUCAUGAUGCUUCGGCACAUGGGCUUGCAUGGCCAUGCCAAGAAGAUUGAAAGUGGCUGCUUUGACACCAUACGAGACAAAAGGGUUCUAACGAAAGAUCUGGGAGGAAACUCAAAGUGCUCAGAAUUUACAGCGGAAAUAUGUCAAAGAGUACAGGAUAUGGACUAAAAAGGUUUCCCAGGUGUCAGACUGGCUGUGUGUUGGCUGCUUGAUAGCUGCAUUUUUAUUAUGGCAUGUAUAACAUGACCAAAAACUAGAGAAUAGAAGGCUUGCCUAUUUUACCACAAGCAGUGCACAGUACUCUUCAAAUAUCUAAUAAAAUUAUAUGUAGAGAGCUAUAUUGCCUCUGUAUGAGCAACAUGUACAUCUACAUCAGAAGAAAAUGUGACUGGCUUGAAAACAAAUGUACAAAUCUUAAUAACAUUUAUGAGGCCAAUGAAUAUACAAACACAUAUAAAACCUGUGAAGGGAGACGGGUGAGAGCAGGGACAUGCAGCCAACACAUGGCCCGUCUGAAUACCAAGACAGUGCGGGCUGAAUCCUGCACACACUGGAGCCUCAUGCGAUCAACACACAGCCAGUGUGAAGCGGUCCUUAGGAUCUAGCUCUCUUCACUUCAUCAUGAUAUAUUGUAUCUGCACAUUUUACACCAAAAUAUGUAUUUAAAGAAGACUCAGGAAUUGGAGUUCCUGAAUGUUAAGUUUUCUCUCCGCACACUCCAAAGCACUAUCUUCAACAUGUCGACCUAAAGUUACUGUAGAUGUGAAUAUGAAUCAUUCGUAAGAUUUGUGAUCUGUGUUGGAUAUCGUCUAUUUAUUGGCUGAAUAAAGCCUCUUUUUUACACUGUUAAUUUAACAUUGAAGGCACAUUCCAUUGACCAUCAUGAGCUUCCACUGUCAAAAGGUCACACUAAAAAAAAAAACAAUUAGUAGAUAUAUUUAACUUUUAUGUGGUUUAAAAAUUACAAUUGUGGCUUUAAUGAUAUUAACUCUGUUGCAUGAAAGUUACAGAUGUCUUGGUGUAUUUUUGUUUCACGUCUUACUGUUUUUCUUUCUGCAAAUAUCAUGAAUGUAAACUGUGAAGAAAAAUAAUAUUAACAUGAACUCAGAAAUGCUGGGCCCUUUAUUCAGUGAACUUGCCACAUGUUCGUUUCAUAAGCCACCUCAGCUCAUGAUUUUAAGAGUAAAAAUGAAUUGUGAAGCCACACUAUUCUCAUCAUUCCAUUAGCAAAUAUUAUUCAUUACUUCCAACAUAUUCUCGGUUUCCUCAAAAUUAUUAAGAAAUGAAACGUUUUCCAUACUAAUCAUACAUUCUGAUUGUGUACACAUGACACAAAUCUAUAUUCAAUGCACGUCCACAAGAAUGAUAAUAUAUGCAAGUGAGACAUGAUUUUCAUACUAAAAGUUACACAGCCAUUUCUCUAGGAACGUGACACUUUUCUUUUUUUAGAUAUUUGUUUGGGUCAUUUUUGCAUUUAUUGGAUAGGUCAGCUGAAGAGAGACAUGAAAUGUUGGGAGGAGAGAGUGGGGGAUGACAUGCAGCAAGAAGCUGAUGUUGGAUAGGAAACCCACAGCUGCUGCAACCGGGACUAUACAUACGUGGGGGCACGUGACCUAGCCACUGGGCUAUUUGGAGCCCCCGACACUAUUCUUGAUAGAGGCUCUCUUUGUGUAUCACUUUGUGGUACAUCUUCAACAUGGCUGGACAACGAAGCUUCAUUCUGGGUCCUGUAAAAAAAAAAAUAUCAACACUUAAUUCUAAAAAUCCAAACCAAAAAAAAGCCUUAUUUAGCCUUUUCUUUUAUUAAUAAAUAUAUAUAAUUGAAAUGUAGGCCUGUGUUAACAUCCUGUUUUGUCAUAAAACAUUCUAGGACAGACUGCAAAAUAACAAAACUAGAAAACGAGAUUUAUUUUAAGACAGAAGAAGAUUUUUAACAGCUAAAAUGAAAUAAGCUGCAGCCUUUCCUUUGGUGUGUUAAUACUGCCAAUGUAAGUCUUUCGAUAGUUCACUGUGCACAUGUUUAUUUCCAAAGAUACAGUUACAAAACAUCCCAUUAUGAAAAAAAAUAGAACAACCUUUUGGGUCACAAGAACAGAAAAGAACUUCCUCUUGUCAAAUGAGCAUGACAUUGCUGAUAGGUUGCUCCGUCUUCACUGCUUCCUCAAAGGAGGAAUAUUCUCUUUUCUAUCUGAGGUAAUUCACUCUGAUUAGAGAGUGAGGGCACCCUGACAUUACAUCUGUUUGUUGCAAUGAUGAUGUUGCUGCAUAUUCUGUCCAGAACAACAUGUGCUCAGGUUUGUUAUACACCGAAUGUGAGCUGGUGACCUUAAAAAAAGUAAUUAUUUUGACACUAGCCGUAUUGUUCAGUUAGCUCUUCAUUUCAUUAUCUCUGUGAUGUAAGGGAAAAAAACAUAUUUGUGUAUUCAUCAGGUUUCUACAGUACAGUCAUCCAUCUACAUUUUACUUGUCUAGUCCAUAUUUCAUAGACCCGUGAAAAUAAUAUCUCCCCAAAAGUAAAUUUCACUCGUGGCCUCGAGUCCAUGUUGGCCUUUUGGUCAUGACAGGCUGAAUGUUACCACGGCUUUAACCGAGAAAAUCCUUAUUUCUGUAGUUUCUGUUCAUGAAAUUCAAAGCACUUAAACAUAAAAAAAAAUCCAAAUAUAAAUAUUACAUUUCUUUUAUUUCUUCAUAGGCCUAUUGUAGUUUGCGAGCUUUGUGUCCUAAAAUGAAGUGAGGGCAUGUGCUCAUGCUAUAAGCCUCACUAAAGUGGAUAUUAAGGCAAAAAAAUAAGAAAACUUUGAAUC